GGGAAACGAGGAUGAGACAUCUUUCUGGACCCCCAAACGUCAUGUAUAUGGCCUGUCCUCACCAUCAGAAAUUUUAUCGGAUCAUGCCAUUCAUACCCCCCGUAGAAGUCCUUUUUGUUGCGGAAUCAUGUAAGAAAUAAAAUAUUAACAACUGCAGGGAAACAUGCUAUUAGGUGUGCGAUUGUCGCCUUUCAGCCGAACAAGUAUUUGCCAAUCCCACUAGACCUCGGUUACAGUUGAAUUUCAGUCAAGCUCGGGCCACGCUACUCCUCCCCACAACUCCAUAUACCGUCUCAUCGUUCAACACGACGGCGAGACCAUAACUAUGCCUUCCGCCAUCAGCCUUGACGCUUUUCGCUUCCGCUGGUGGUCAAAGUCUACUCCCAAACCACUUCUACCUCCUAGUGAGGACCGCAGUGACCCAAUCGCAGUGGUCAAGCGUCGUAUGAGUUUCCACAUUGCCACUCCAAAGAACACCCGCCAACACCCAGACCGACCCCGAGAUGUUCAAAAGCCACUGCCCCGAAUACCUACAGAGAGCACCGGCAAACUCUUGCACGAUGAAGUCGUGAACGAAAAGUCCAGCGAUCAUUUUCUCGAGAAACCAGUGGAGGCAACCGAGAAGCUUGUCCCUCUCCUAAGGUCAAAUACCAAUAUUCAUAAAUCAUCACCACCAACAACGACACCACAACCUGACAUGAAACCAUCAUUGAUUCGUCGCGUAACGUCCAAGUUACACAUCACCGUCCCCCCAUCUUCACAGCUUGAAUCGUCACCCCCGCGUCCAACGCAUACCCCAGCCAAUGUAAAACAGUCUUCACGACCUCCUCGAUCACCUCGUGUCACUCUUCCUCGUUCUCCCACACUUCCCAAUUCUUUCGCCUCCCGUGAGAAUCGUGAAGCGGCGUUGCGUGAGCGUGGUUUACUCCCGCCCAUGAAAGAUCUCAGCCAACAAGAGCGUGAGGCUGAUGAGCGCCUAGCUCCCAUGCCUGCCCCUGACAAAGACCAGAUUGGCUUCAGUGCGGCAGCAAAGAUUAAGGAAGAAUGGUUGUCCAUAAAUCGUUCCUCUGAAACGCGUGCCUCGGACUCUGUCUUCCCAAGACAGCUGCCCAGCCUUAGUGCGCUGGCAUCAGGGGUUUCCUCAUUGUCAUAUUCGGCAUCUUCAUCACUACCCCAGUUUUCAACAUGUGAUUCCGAUUGCACUCGCGCGGACCUUAUUGCCGAGAUGCCAUUUAGAGCAAGGUCCUCGACUUCCAGUAGCGUCCCACCCCUCUCCCCAUCUUCACACCUAGAAGUACUGGAGGAAGAGCCUGCAGGGCAUGUGCCUCCAACACCCCCGCCACCGCCACCGCACCAUGUCCAGCCGCCCAUAAUUAUAUCCACCCCAGUGGAGGAUUCUUUUCCCCCAGGUCACGCUGUUCUUGUCGAAAGUCCAAUUUCUUGCACCUUCUCUCCCUAUCUUGCACCUCCAGGGUCACCAUCUCAGCCGCACACAUCCCCUCCGGUCAUACCGGACAAGGAGAACUCAUAUUCUCCAUUUCCGGGUCCUCCAUCCCGGCGGCGUACGAUGGAUUCAAAUGCUCGCAGACGUUCAUCAGUCGGCACACAUUUGUCCAAAUUUGGCACUAAUUCGCUCACCAAUUUGCGGCGCUCAGUAACCGGGAGCACAAGACAUUCUGGGUCUAGUGCGGAUCUAUCCAGUACUUCGAGUCAACAUUCCUCCCCACGGGUGUCUAUCAUGCCGACGAUGCAUAACCGUGGAAGCAUACUGCUCGAGACCAAGGGUAUCCAAGAUGCAGAGAGUCGCCGACUGAGUGAGCUUGCAUUCUUGGAUUGAUCAUGCGGAUCUUCGGAUUCAAGGGUUGAUACUCCCAUGGAUACUGUUGAACAAUUUAUCUACUCCCGCGCAUCCUUGCAAUUUCAAAGUGGUGAAAGCGUCCUCCAUUCUUUUACGGCUCACGCAUAAAUCUUGCACUUCCUUUUCGAACACUCACACGCGUCACCGUCCACAUUCAUUCAAUACUAUUAAAGGCCUAUAGACGUAGCGCCUAUUCAUCCAUCCAAUAUGAAACGCUCGUUGCAUACUUUUUGCAUGUAUUUUUAAACUCGUUAUCGAUCGAAUCACUUUUGCGAUCGUCCCCGCUCUCUGCAUUUCGCUGGUCCGUUAUUUCCUUGGGUUAGUGAGUACAACCCAUGUGUUACCACCUACUUAAAUCCCCUCCUUUGAUACUUAUUCGUAGUUUAUACUAGUAAUCAAUUACGUUUCAAAUGCCUC